UGAUGACAUACUGCAGGACUAUAUUAAAUUAAUUAAAGCGGUGCCUUAAUUUAUGAGUCGUAUCAUUUUUUGCUGUUUUAUUAGCUUUAUAAAGCGGCAGGCUUCUCGGUUUAACAGCUUCUUUUCCUCGCCAAAAAGUACCAUGGGUUCAUGCCUUUCCAGCGGUAUCAGCAAUGUCCCUCCAAUUGAGUUAAAUAUUCAUUCAGAGCCGAAUGAAGAAGAGAAGGAAAUACACGCAACUUUGACCAAAUUGCUGUCUAAGCAGGGCAAACUCAUCAAAAGGUUGAGCGAAUAUAGCGGUUGCGAGAAGUAUAUAAGAAACGCAUUAUCUGAACCGACGCCCGAGACGGAGGAAGAGGCUUGGAACGCUGUGGAAAAGUCGGUAGCCCUAUUGUACAAAUUCUAUGUAUACACUUUGCGGUUGGAUGAGUCGCUUGAAGGUCUGUUGUUAAAACUGUGCGAAGAAGGUGAACCGGAACGGAGUGUGAGAAAUCGUCAGGCGACUAUUGGAUGCUUGGCAGCUGUAUUACGCUUUGCAAUUAACUUUGACAGGUUGAAAAUGUCUAAACCCUCUAUUCAAAAUGACUUCUCUUAUUAUCGACGUGCUCUGUCGAGAAUGUGUACACUAAGAAACGAAUCAUCUGCAUCCAAGAUGAAGCUAGACCUCAAGGUUAAUGAAGACGUGGCGAACAAGAUGAGUUUUCAUUUUGCUUACCCUGUACCUACCAUGAAGGUCUUGUCCGAUAGAGUCACUCAGUUAAAAAAAAUCAAUUAUAUACCAACGUUAUCUUUGAUAGCAAAUCUGUGCUGCGUGAUGGUGAAUAAUCAAAAUUUGUCAAAAAGUGACAGGAAAAGUAUACUAAGUUUGAUGGCAGGCUGCAUUAUUUUUGUGGAUCAUAUUGCUCCAGGCGGCGUGUUCAAUCGAAAAUCAUCUGUCUAUAUUAAGCAAUGUCUCAAUGCUAUUAGAUACUAUGGGGGUGCAGAUAGGGAUAGCCUAUUUAACGAAAUUAGGUUUGCAUCUUUGCAUCUAAAGGACGAGACUACGCCUGCGUAUGUAACACGUUUUUUUGAAUAGGAGAGCUGGCUGAAUCUAUCACCUCAUAUCGGUACUUGGUAUUCAAGCUGAUCAUACUGGCAUUUCAUAUCAAGAAAAAAGAAAAAAAAAUCGUCGAUUGAAUGUGUGCAUAUCACAAUUUUAUCAUUGAUCGAUCAAGCUGACAUCACCCGAGUAUAGAGGCAUCCUGUUGUGAUACCUACUUUUUUCUUUUACCAUUCGAUUCUCCUCCUAGCCAGAUCGAGCUCAACAUUCCUGUUUGGAUAUUGCGGCCCCUUCUUAUAGGCUGCUAAAUCUUGACGUAUCGAUUCACCCCCAAGUCGUCCCUCGCCCAUCGAAAAAAACUUUUUGUGUCGAAAUAUUAAACAGUUAUCCUGCAAACAUCAUAUACACCUGUGCGUGUGUAUGCUGCGGAUAGUGAAAGACUUUUUUUACCUCUCUCCUCCGUGCGUGUCCUUGUUUAUCGGCCUUAUCUUUUCCUUCUAACUAUCUAGAACAAUACCCAUUGCAUCAUCUGCAGACAGAAACUUUCAAACCAAUUUUAAAAUCACAAUUUCAAACAUACCAAAAAGGGAGGUCUUCGCUAAUCUCUAGAUAACCUGAUUCUGCGUGCUCGAGCUGACACACUGGACAAAUGGUGGCUCACGUCAAAACAGACAAUUUUUUAAACCUUGUCGGUGCCAGCCUAAACUUUCUAAUAUUCUCGUACCUAUGGACAGCAUGUUCUGCGCAUAGUAAUGCUACACUGCAAUCUUCUAAACCCAGCCAGAAGGGAAUCAGCCCAGCCCAUUUUGAAAUUCUUUAGUCGAUGCUCAAAAGUAUAUAGUAUACAGGAAUUGUAGUCUCCAUUUUUUUUGCUAAACGUCCCUCCAAUUGGAAACACUUGGGAUAUUCAAAAAGAAAUAUUUUCAAAACUAGGAUCUUUAUGUGUGUGACCCUCAAGAAUGAUGAUGUCGUGGUCUCAUUAAGGAUGGAUCCGAAUCAUUUUCUCAACGCCACGCAAACAGUAUCUGUACUAAAUGCAUGUAAUGUUCGAGUCUGGAACAAUUUAUGUCAUCUUGUUAUCGAGCUCGACAAGAUUUUAUAGUUAUUCGGGCAAGUGGUUUUAUUUGUGUUUUGCUAAAAAGGAUGUACAAUUAUGCCAUGUCUAUAGCAAGACACCAAGCUCAAAUUCCCACGCUCUGACAGACUAUCCUGUUGACCGCUUGUAUCGAACUCUGCUAAUAAUCCAAUUUGCUCGCACAAAUUUAUAUUGAUUGUAGGGCUAUACUGAAAUUUCAGCUCUCAAAUGAAUGAAUCUACUUUGUAUCAAAAGCCCAUCCCAAUUUACCAUGUCUCCGCCCUACGUGCAAAUAGAUAUGUGGUACUGGACACAUACAUUCACGUCAAUUUUCUAGGUUUAGACGAAUGCUGAAUAUAUAGGCAUGCUCAAAAUCGACUGGGACAAGAUAAAAAUGUGCUCGUUAUCUCCCUCA